AGACGAACGGAGGUACGGAAAGGCGGUUGCAAAUGGCGGAGUGCAUUCAUCGAGAUAGUAGACACAAUGCCAUGUAUGGGAAAAAUCUUUGACGAAAUUCAAAAGCAAUAAACCGACCGGCUGUGAAAUAGGAAACAGUAUCCACAAGUAGAAAAAAUAUUACCGAUAUAUUGCAAUUCGUCUGGAACUGCUAAAGUUGUCGUCAUUGAAAUCCGUGCGAUUGGGACCAGCAACAAAACAGCCAGUACAGCACUCAACGGCUAGCUGAAGGUAAAAACAAUCGAGAGAAAUUUGUUAAACAAGCGAAAAUCUACAAAAACCAACAGGAGUUUUAACUAAAAACGCAAAGCACAACAGUUAUAGAUCGAGACUAAUAGCCACAUCACAAGUGCAGUCUCAGUAGCAACAAGGAACCAACAGCACAUAUUCAACAGCCACAGGACACUAAUGGGAACCAAUUCAGGAGCCACCGCUGGCAUCAACAAUAAGCCAGUUGGUGGUGUCGGAGUGCUGGGCGUUGGUGGUGCUAAUUCAGCGAUCGGUGGCGUGCUGGCAAACAGUUUAGGCGGCGGUGGAGGCGGCCUAAGCAUCAGUGGUCUUGGCGGCGGGGGGCAGAAUGCUAAUGUCGGCAUAGUCACAGGUAUGGGCGGAGGCAACAAUGGCAGCGACGAUGGUGGCAACGGUAUGCCCGGCGGACCCAACAACCAACAGGCCACGCCCCAAUACACAAUACCGGGCAUACUACAUUUCAUACAGCACGAAUGGUCACGUUUCGAGCUGGAGCGAUCACAAUGGGAUGUGGACAGGGCCGAGCUGCAGGCCCGUAUAGCGAUGCUGUUAGGGGAACGGAAAUGCCUCGAAAGCCUCAAAUCUGAUUUGACGCGACGCAUUAAAAUGUUGGAGUAUGCGCUGCGCCAGGAGCGCGCCAAAUUCUAUCGCCUAAAAUACGGUACCGAUCCGCCGCAGUUGAGUGAGUUUAAGCCAUCAAAUGAUGAUGCCGGCCUGACUGGCGAUAUCGCUACCGACUCCGAAGUGCCCUACAGCUCGGUGUCGAACACCACGUGGCGACAGGGCCGGCAAAUGCUGCGACUAUAUCUGGCUGAGAUCGGUUACACAGAUAACAUAAUCGAUGUGCGGUCGAACCGGGUGCGCUCGAUACUGGGGCUAAAUAAUAAUGCAGAGCAUGACGGAAGCGGCGGGGGUGGCGAGAAUCUGAGCCCAAACAUUAAUGGCAAUGAGAGUAAUAAGCGGGCAUCAGAAUCUGAAGGUCGUCAUACUCCCGCUAAAAAAGUUCAACAAUCUAAUGAUGCCAUCAUACUAGACACCGAGGCGGCUGUUAUGGCGAACUUCGAGUUCCUUGGCCCAACAGAGAUGUCUGACGACGAUGAGAUAUCCGAUGAUCUCGAAAUGGUGGCGACUGAUAACGAUGACAUGGAUGUUAAAAUGGCCAAACGCCCCAAAUCAGGCAAGGAUAUGCUGAGUGAAGGACCUUUUAUACACACUAAUAAAAUGAAUGGAAUUACAAACAAUUGUCAUCCAUUGCUUAAUGCGGUCGUCGAUGCGGCAGAAGUGGACGGCUCUUUAGGCUUGGGUGAAUUGGCACAACUCACGGUUAACAAUGAGUCGGAUGGAGCUUAUGAUGCCAACGCCAAAGAUGGCACAAGCGGAGGAGCUGGCGGGGCCGGCUAUCGGAAAACUUGGAACGCCAAGUACACGCUUCGGUCGCAUUUCGAUGGCGUGCGCUCCCUUAUAUUUCAUCCCGAGGAGCCCGUACUGAUCACCGCCUCCGAGGAUCACACGCUAAAGCUGUGGAAUCUGCAAAAGACGGUGCAAGCCAAAAAGUCGGCUAGUCUGGAUGUGGAGCCACUCUACACGUUUCGCGCACACACCGGCCCAGUUCUUUGUUUGGGCAUGUCCUCGACGGGUGAUACUUGCUACUCUGGCGGACUGGAUGGCAACAUCGAGUGCUGGCAGCUGCCAUCACCGAACAUAGACCCAUACGACUGCUACGAUCCGAAUGUGCAUUCGGGAACGCUCGAGGGUCACACUGAUGCUGUCUGGGGGCUGACUACAAUGCAUAACAACAUUAUCUCGUGCUCGGCCGAUGGCACUGUCAAGUUGUGGUCACCAUACACAAAAGAACCGCUACUGCGCACCUACACGGCUGCAGAGACGGAAGGCGGACCGUCAUCUGUGGAUUUUGUUCGGAACGAGGUCGAUCACAUUGUGGUGGCCUAUAAUAGUGCGCAUUGCAUUAUCUAUGACACAGAGACGGGUAAGCAGAUUAUCAAGCUGGAAGCGGCACAGGAGAUGUCUGGAAAUACGGGGAAAUUCAUCAACAAGGUCGUCUCGCAUCCGACACUGCCAAUCACGAUAACGGCACACGAGGAUCGGCACAUCCGCUUCUGGGACAACACAUCCGGAACUUUAGUGCACUCAAUGGUGGCGCAUUUGGAGCCAGUCACCUCGCUGGCCGUCGAUGCGCACGGCUUGUACUUGCUAUCGGGCUCCCACGACUGCUCCAUACGGCUCUGGAAUCUUGACAAUAAAACAUGCGUGCAGGAAAUCACCGCACAUCGCAAAAAGUUCGAUGAGAGUAUAUUCGAUGUGGCCUUCCAUGCCACAAAGCCCUACAUAGCCAGUGCCGGUGCCGACGGAUUGGCCAAAGUGUUUGUCUAAAGAUCUACUGUUAAAUCAGCUAAAAACAAACAUGAUUUCAAGUUGGCGUUUAAUAAUUAUAUUUAUAUACAUAUAUAUAUUAUGAUAAAUUUAAAUAUAAUUAACAUAACCAUAUUAUUGAAGUAAUAAAACAUCAUCCAUGAGCAACAACAUAUUUGGGUAAAUAUAAGUAUACCAUAACACACCCAAAAACAAAAAUAUUAUUGUGGAGGAAUGAGAAUUAUAAUCCAGAAAAAUGUACACAGCAUUUUCCCCAUUAAAGUGCAUAUAUACAUACACGAAAUUAGAAAUUAGUAGUCGACACCAGUCCUGAAGUCCUUGGCGCUGUAGACUAGCAGUUCUCAGAUUAGGAAACAAUGCCGACAACUUCGAUUCAAACAGUUGAGCAAUAAAAAAAAGUAGAAAUUCUGGGGAUUUAGAGAGCAGGGCCUAAAUAGAUGGUGCUCCACAUUUCGUAAUAAGCGCCUCAGGCCGCUCACUGUGCAAGCUUAUUUAUAUUUCAACAUAUAAACAAAGAUAUAUGCAUAUAUAUAUAUAUAUCUUACAAAUAUUAACGAUCAAAUCUUUAGAUUAAGUGGAAUACACAUAAAAACUUUAACGGAAGUUUAAACAAAACAGCAAAUUGUAAAAUAAUAUCAUGAACUUAUAAUGAAGAUAUACCAUAUAUCAUAUACAUAUAUGAUGUAUGAUUAUGUAUUACUUAAAUAUAGCCAGCGAAAUGAACAUAAUUAGUUUAAACAAAGGAAAAACAACUUCGUUAAGAUGUAAGCGCAUAAUACCAGAACGUAAAGCUUCUAUUAUUUUUCUAAUGCCACAUUCGUAAAGGAUUAUUUAUUUUAUUUAUGCCUAGUAUAAAACAAAAGGUAAUAUACCAGCUAAAACUGGUUAUGUGUUUCCGUAAACUUGAAGUGGAAUAUAAAUAAAUACAUACCUACAUACAUAGAGUUGCUUAUUGUAGCAGUUCGUAAAUUGUAAUAUAAGCAUUAACGUUGAUGAACUCUUCACUACACAAAUUUAAUGCAGUAUAUUUAUAUACAUAUACAAAUAUAUAUACAAAUCGAAAAAACAAAUUGAUAUUCGAGAGGAGUCGAGAAAAAGCGAAACUUAGAAAUGCUCUACUAUUCUUAAUUAUAUAUUUUAAUUUGUACUUUAGUUCUGACGAAGGGCUCCCAUAUUGCUGCGAAGCUACAUUUAUAUUUUUGAAAACCAAAAUUUAUAUAUUUAUCAAUACCCAGAUCGAAGUUAAUUGCGUGUAUGCGCCCAUCGAAUCCCCUGCAAUCGAAACAGAAUACAAACACACACACCGCUGCGCAUCCGAUACACAUAAAAAUUAUACUGAUUUUAAUUUUAACUGUACAUUUUUAUUUAACAAUACAGCGUAUUUUUAUUUUAAAUAAAGUUUUUAAAAUGAAGCAA